UCGGUUCGGUUCAUUAGUUUUUAAGAAACACAACACUAAUCCGUUCCCCGUUCCGAGGAUUACACGUUCAUCAACCGUUUGAAGCAUUCUUGGUAGCAGUGUUGGAAGACCAGCCUACUGCCAGAGACCAGCAGCCGUCGAUUCCUGAGGAAUAACCAUCGAAACGAGCAUGAGAUCGCAACAUAAGCUCACAGCCCUUAUGGUGCUGUGCUGUGCCCUAGGGCCAGCAUUCGCCGCAUCGCUAGCCAAACGAGAGGCGCCUCUUCCUGGUGGCAGCUAUCUGCCUCCAUCGAGUGGAGGAGGUGCCGGAGGUUAUCCAGCAGCUGGUCCGCCGAGCGGCAGCUACGGCCCACCAAGCAGCGGAGGACAUGGAGGACAAGGAGGACAAGGCUACCCAUCGGCUGGUGGUGCUCCAUCUCAGCAAUAUGGUGCCCCAUCACAGGGCGGACAGUCUCCAUCUCAGCAGUACGGUGCACCAUCGGGCGGAGCUCCAUCCCAGCAGUAUGGUGCUCCUUCCAGCGGAAGUGGUUUCGGAGGACGUCCACAGGGUCCUUCCCAGCAGUACGGUGCUCCAAGUGGUGGAAACGGUGCAUCUCGCCCAUCUCAACAGUAUGGUGCCCCAAGCAACGGCAAUGGAAACGGACAUGGAUCGAAUGGUGGCUCCCGGCCGCAAGCUCCAUCUCAACAGUACGGUGCUCCAUCGGGCGGUGCUCCAUCCCAGCAAUACGGUGCUCCAUCGGGUGGUGCUCCAUCCCAGCAGUACGGUGCCCCAAGCGGCGGUAGCGGUUCUCGCCCUCAGGCCCCAUCCCAACAAUACGGUGCUCCAUCAGGCGGUGCUCCAUCCCAGCAGUAUGGUGCUCCAGGAGCUGGAUCUCGUCCCCAGGCCCCAUCUCAACAAUACGGCGCUCCAUCAGGCGGUGCCCCAUCCCAACAAUAUGGUGCUCCAUCGGGUGGUGCUCCAUCUCAGCAAUAUGGUGCUCCUUCGGGUGGUGCCCCAUCUCAGCAAUACGGUGCUCCAUCGGGCGGUGCUCCAUCUCAGCAAUACGGUGCUCCAUCGGGUGGUUAUGGUGCCCCAUCUGCUGGAGGUCAAUCUCGCUCUCAAGCCCCAUCUCAACAAUACGGUGCUCCAUCAGGCGGUGCUCCAUCCCAGCAAUACGGUGCUCCAGGUGCUGGAUCUCGUCCUCAGUCACCAUCUCAACAAUACGGUGCUCCAUCUCAGCAAUAUGGUGCUCCAGGAGCUGGAUCUCGUCCUCAGGCCCCAUCUCAGCAAUACGGUGCUCCAUCGGGCGGUGCCCCAUCCCAGCAAUACGGUGCUCCAUCGGGUGGUGCCCCAUCUCAGCAAUACGGUGCUCCAUCGGGCGGUGCCCCAUCUCAACAAUACGGUGCUCCAUCGGGCGGUGCCCCAUCUCAGCAAUACGGUGCUCCAUCAGGAGGUGCUCCAUCUCAGCAAUACGGUGCUCCAUCUGGCGGUGCCCCAUCUCAACAAUAUGGUGCCCCAUCUCAGCAAUAUGGUGCUCCUUCUGCUAGCUCUCGCCAAUCUGGACCUCCAUCAACCAGCUAUGGAGUGCCAGCCGGUCCAUCAAGCGGAAGUGCCGGACGCCCAUCUAGCCAAUAUGGUGCUCCUGCUCCUGGAGGCAGCGGUAGCGGUGGAUUCGGAGGACGCCCAAGCCAGCAAUAUGGUGCUCCAUCGACUGCUGUAGGCCAACCAUCAAGCCAGUACGGAGCCCCAGCCCAGGGUGGAAGCAGCGGAUUCGGAGGACGUCCAAGCCAGCAAUAUGGUGCCCCAUCGACUGCUGUAGGUCAACCAUCAAGCCAGUACGGAGCCCCAGCCCAGGGUGGAAGCAGUGGAUUCGGAGGACGUCCAAGCCAGCAAUACGGUGCCCCAUCUCAGGGUGCAAGCAGUGGAUUCGGAGGACGCCCAAGCCAACAGUAUGGUGCCCCAGCUCAACAGGGAGGUAGCGGUGGACGUCCAUCUCAACAGUAUGGUGCUCCAGCCCCAUCAUCCCAAUACGGAGCUCCAUCUCAGUCUCAGGGUGCCUCAUCCCGUGGAGGUGCUCCAUCCCAGCAAUAUGGUGCCCCAUCCCAGGGAGGUUCUCCUUCUCAGCAAUACGGUGCCCCAAGCAGCGGAAGUGGGCACAGCAGUGGAGGACACCAGGCUAGCGCCUCCUUCGGAAACGGUUUCUCUCAAGCUUCGGCUAGCAGCAGUGGAUACGCUUCCAACGGUGGAUACAGCUCCGGUGGUCCUGGAUCGUCCGUCCCAGCCACUCUCCCCCAGUCAUACACACAGAGCGGAGGCUACAACUACUAAGCACUGACGAAACCUGAGACUCAGACAAUGUGACACGCAAUGAUCAUGAAUGUGCCUUAAACGAUAGAAGUUAUGAUUUUCGUUACUUAUUGUUCCAAAAUUUGCA